AUGUUCCAAUUACAAGACCUACGAAUGCUGCAGAUGCUAGAGAAAUCUUUGAGGAAAUUCCUCCCUGAGUCCCUAAAGGUUUAUGGAACUGUCUUCCACAUGAACCAGGGAAACCCAUUCAAGCUAAAGGCUCUGGUGGACAAGUGGCCUGAUUUUAAUACAGUGGUUGUCCGCCCUCAAGAGCAGGAGAUGACAGACGACUUUGAUCAGUAUACCAAUACCUACCAAAUCUAUUCCAAAGAUCCCAAGAACUGUCAAGAAUUCCUUGGCACAUCAGACGUCAUCAAUUGGAAACAACAUUUACAGAUCCAAAGUUCACAGUCCAGCCUGGAUGAGAAUAUACACAAUCUUGCAGCCAUUAAACAUGUCAAAGUCAAGCAAUCACAAUGCAUCCUCUAUAUGAUGCCCAAGACAGCCAGAAGACUGCUCCCUUCCCUGCCAGAAGCAAACAACUUUACUCUUAAUACUGGCAAACCCAAAUCCAUUAAUGAAGAGUUGUUUAAACUCUCCUCUCUGGAUGUUACCCAUGCUACCCUGGUGGAUAAAUUCUGGCAUUUCGGUGGCAAUGAGAGAAGCCAGAGAUUCAUCAAGCGCUGUAUCCAGACCUUCCCCUCCUUCUGUCUGCUGGGGCCUGAGGGAACCCCUGUAUGCUGGAACCUAAUGGACCAGACAGGAGAGUUACGAAUGGGGGCCACUCUUCCUGAGUACCGGGGCCAGGGUCUAAUAACCCAUAUGUUGUUUGCCACUACUCAGGCUUUGGACAAACGUGGCUUUCCUAUAUAUAACCAUACAGACAAAGCCAACAAUAUCAUUCAGAAAUGCAGUCAUAAUCUGCACCAUAUCCGCUUGCCCUGUGACUGGAAUCAGUGGCAAUGUGUGCCUCUUUGA